GGUUGGGAGGCGCGAUGUCACGCGGCGGCGGCCGGCAGCGGUGCGUGCGGCCGUGCUAGCGCUGCGAGCUCGGACCAGUGCGCCGGGGCUCGGCGGCGGCGCCCUUCUCGCCAAGCGGGCCGCUCGCGGCCCGGUCAACAUGCCGGCCGGCGGGCCGGAGCCGAAGGCCAUCUCUCGCUGCAGACGCGCCGGCUAAACUAUGCGGCUGCUCGGCGCGCUCGUCUGGCUCACGGCUCUCUGGCAAGCGACCGGAGCCAUUUCGUGGCUGGCGUUCAAGCACGUGGAGGCGGAGGCGUGGAAUUCGACGCGCCUGUGCCGAUUGUCGCGCCAGCGGCACGGCUUCGUGAAGCGCCAGGAGAAACUGUGCCGCCGCUACCGUGAUGUGAUGCGCCACGUGCACACGGCCUCGCAUCAGAGCAUGCACACGUGCCAGAAGCUGUUUGCCAAUCACAGAUGGAACUGCAGCAGUAUUAACUUCGCGCCAAAUUAUACGCGCGACUUAACUGCAGGUACGCGAGAGCAGGCCUUCGUGUACGCACAGAGCGCCGCCGCGCUCAUGCACUCCGUGGCGCGCGCCUGCAGUGCUGGGACCAUUUUCUAUUGCGGCUGCGGAAGAACACCGCGUCGGCUUCCCGACGGAAACUUUAAGUGGGGUGGGUGUGGAGACAACACCAAGUUCGGACAGAGGUUCGCGAGGAAGUUCGCCGACUCUGCCGAUAGACGGAAAUCAAAACGCACGUCGCAGCAAGAGAGACUUCGAGCCAAAGUCAACUUGCACAAUAAUAGGGCUGGUAGUAAGGCGGUGCAAAAGUCACUGAGGAUCGAGUGCAAGUGCCACGGCGUAUCGGGCUCGUGCAACAUCAAAACCUGCUGGCGAAAGCUGCCCGACCUGCUGACCAUCGGCCAGCGGCUGCAGCGCAAGUAUCGGGCCGCCAUCGAGGUGGCCAUGCGGCGCGUGGGCUCGCGCUGGCAGAUGGCGCCGGCCACCACAGCCAUGGGCCGCUUCAGCAAGGAUGACCUCAUCUACAACGCCAAGAGUCCCGACUACUGCGUCAAAGAUACCUCCUUUGGCAGCCUGGGCACCAACGGCAGGGAAUGCAACGCGUCGUCGACUUCCCACGACGGCUGCCAGUCCAUGUGCUGUGGCCGCCCCUACAACACCUUCACCGUGGAGAAGAUAGAGCGGUGCCAGUGCAAAUACGUCUGGUGCUGUUACGUCAAGUGUAAAACAUGCAAACGCUGGGUGGACGUCCACGAGUGCACCUGAGCGCAGUCGCCGCUCGCUGCGGCGGCGACGACACGCAGUUCUGGCGGUGACGUGAGAGACCUGGCGGCGGCCCGGCGGACCUGGCUGGUGACGCGGCAGCCGUGCGGUGACCUGCCAGCACCCAGGCCGGUGACCUGGGACUGGUCGCACAGAGGCUCCGACGGCGGCCGCCGGUCCGCGCACCAGA